AUGCUCAUCGCAGAUGAGAGACAACUGUAUUUGAGACAGCGUUUCAUCGACUUUCUUGAUUCGUCGCUGUUCGGAAACUAUCACAAAGUUAUUGAGGAUCUCAUCGAAAGUAACGAGAGGCGUUUAGCGAUCGACUUGAACGCACUGCGCCAGUUUUCUUCGGACUUAGCUACCGGACUACUCCGAGAGCCGGGAGACUAUUUGUUAGCUUUAAAACAAGCAGUUGAGGAGUUAGUUGGUGCAAUAGAUCCAAAGUUUCUCGGGCACGGCGAUAUCCACGUAACUCUCACGGGAGGCUUUGGAUAUCACCGCAUCUCACCUCGAGAGCUAUUGUCGCCAUUCCUUGGAAAAGUUGUCAGCGUCGAGGGAGUGAUAACAAAAUGCUCCUGUGUCCGUCCGAAAGUUGCGAGAACUACUCACUUUUGCGAGGCUACGGGGAGCUUCAUCACUCGGGAGUACAGAGAUUCGAUUUCAACAACCGGGGCUCCAACAACCUCCAUCUACCCAACAAGGGAUCAGAACGGAAAUUUGCUCACGACAGAAUUCGGUUUGUGUUCGUAUCGUGAUCAUCAAACACUCGGCAUGCAAGAGAUGCCUGAAAACUCGCCUGCUGGUAAGCUUCCACGCUCUGUCGAUGUUAUUCUAGAGGACGACUUGGUAGAUGCGUGUAAACCUGGUGAUCGAGUGAGCGUUGUUGGUAUUUAUAAAGCCAUUCCUGCAAAAUCGAUGGGAUCGGGCAUAACUGGAGUAUUUCGGACCGUUCUCGUCGCACUCAGUGUUUAUCAACUCAGUAAAGAAGUCGCAGCUCCAGCUUUAAACCACGAGGACAUACAAAAAAUUAACGAGCUCCCGAGGAGAAUGAACCCCGACGGGUUACUGGAACUCCUCGGUCGAUCAUUUGCCCCGUCUAUUUGUGGUCAUGAAGAAAUUAAAAAAGCGCUCGUCCUCUUACUGUUCGGCGGCACAGAGAAGAAUCUUUUGAAUGGGACGCACAUUCGUGGAGACAUCAACUGCCUAAUGGUUGGAGACCCAUCCGUCGCAAAGUCUCAACUUUUAAGAUGCGUUAUGGGCGUGGCUGCGUAUGCAGUCAGUACUACCGGACGAGGAUCUUCCGGUGUCGGUCUAACUGCUGCAGUUACCACUGACCAAGAAAGUGGUGAAAGAAAGCUCGAAGCGGGUGCAAUGGUUCUUGCAGAUAGAGGAGUGGUGUGUAUUGACGAGUUUGACAAAAUGAAUGAUUCAGACAGGGUCGCAAUCCACGAAGUUAUGGAGCAGCAAACUGUUACUAUUGCAAAGGGUGGCAUUCAUGCUUCGCUGAAUGCUCGAUGCAGUGUAGUGGCAGCCGCAAAUCCAAUAUAUGGCAGCUACGAUCAUAGCCAUGGAAUUACGCGUAACAUCAAUCUUCCAGAUUCACUUUUGUCUCGCUUCGACAUGCUGUUUAUCGUUCUUGAUAGAUCUGACUCAAAGGUUGAUCGAGCCAUCUCCUCGCAUGUCCUCGACAUGCAUUCCCGCGAAAAUCCAAGUUUGUCCACAAAAUUAAUGUUGCAGAGAGAUGUUACGCUUGCACAGGGCAAAAAUGAACUUGAAUCAUCCAUGUACAUGUCUCAUGGUGCCCUUGGAGAAGUUUUGUCGAAAAGAUUUCUUCAGAAAUACAUAUACUAUGCAAAACAUAGACCCUGGGAGCCUACCUUAACACCUGGUGCAGAGAACUUUAUUGCUGAGCAAUAUUCUCGAUGGAGGGUUGACAAAGCGACCGAGUCGCGAGCUCGACGAACUCUACCGAUCACGGCGAGGACCUUGGAGACCAUGAUCCGUCUCUCAACAGCUCAUGCAAAGAUGAGAAUCUCGAAAUCAGUCGAUGUUGUUGAUGCCUCUGUCGCAAUCGACAUAAUGCGAUUUGUUGUCGAGGCAGAAGGCUUAACUGUAGACAAGACAAACGGGACGGGUCCAGAAUAUCACCAAAAAGACGAAGGUUAG